AAUCAGAGUUCGACGCGUCACACUUCCGGUCUGCCUCCCCCGGUGAAUGGAUCUCGUUAGCUAGCGGCUAGCAGGUCUCCCUGUUUCAUCCAGCGCAUUUAUGGUUUAACUCUACAACAGCGGCCAACAACAGAUAUCCACCAUGGCUUCUCGAGCGGGUCCCAGAGCAGCGGGUACAGACGGCAGUGACUUUCAGCACCGGGAGAGGGUCGCCUCACACUACCAGAUGAGCGUUGCUCUGAAGUCUGAAAUCCGUAAACUCAACAUUGUCCACGUGCUCAUCUGGUUGCUGGUGGCAGCUCAGGUGACCGUGAGCCUGCUCAGCCUGGUGUCGUACAAGGUCGUGGCCUCUCCGUACCAGUGGGAGUACCCGUACCUCCUGAGCAUCGCCCCCACCGUCUUCAGCUUCUCGGCGUUGCCGCGCAACAACAUCAGCUACUUGGUCGUCUCCAUGAUCGGCUCCGGCCUCUUCUGCGUGGCCCCGCUGAUCUACGGCACCAUGGAAAUGUUCCCUGUGGCGCAGCAGCUGUACCGGCACGGCAAGUCCUACCGCUUCAUCUUCGGCUUCUCGGCCGUGACCGUCAUGUACCUGGUGAUCGUCAUCGCCGUGCAGGUGCACGCCUGGCAAAUCUACUACAGCAAGAAGCUGCUGGACCAGUGGUUCACCAGCACGCAGGACAAGAAGAAGAAAUGACAUCUUGUGCUUUUAUUGGAAGUACUGUCUUCUACAUUCGACUGCUGCAUCACUCUGUACAUUAAUCCACGGCAUGUUUGUCCCUUCAGACAACUGGAAGAAGACUGUAUUCACUUGCAAGUUUUUUUGAUCCAAAAAAUAAAGUUUCAUUUUACACUGACUGACAAUAAAACAAACAUGUACAAAAAUUAGCCUUUUAUUUAAAGCCAUCAAGAAGAAUUUCAUGAUAAAAUUAACUUAUACAAAUACAGCAUUAAACCAAAAAUCUCUUCAAACUACAUUAUUAAAAUAAACAAAACCAACAAUUUAGCCCUGCAGAACUAUGAAAAAUACCACCACAACAAAUAAAGGUUAAUUCACAAAAUAAUAAAACUCUCAUUACACGGUAAUGAACAAUGACAUGUUUCACAGAAACCACCAGAAUCUGCCUCAUUUCGGCAAAUCAUAUCACGAUAGGUUGGACUGUCUGACUGACAGUGUUUUUGGAGCUUCACUUAAGCUUUUAAAUAUUUCCCUUUCAGGAUCUUCCGCACCUGGAGAGAAAAGAAACAUUCUUAAACACCUUCAUUUAUACUAAGGAGCAUGUUUUCACUCAUUCACGCAGCCCACCUGUUCACCAACGGGUCCCUCUGGCGCCAGGAGAGACGGCAGCUCCUUCUCCAGGUUCCUGCUCCCGGGGUCGGCGCCUCUGCUCAUCAGCAGCCACGCCGCUUCCACCUGAGUGUCGAGGUUCUGCAAAGAGCUGACGAUGUGCAGCGCCGUGUUUCCACUGAACGUCUGAAACGUACGGACGCACACAUUUUUUGUUUUUCCUCCACUUGUGAAUUUAAUUC